AUGAUUUUCUAUCCGUUGCUGUCAGACCUAUCAAUGAAGUGUGUUGUGGUGUUCCUUAAACACAGGCAACUCCUCGAGUCACUGCGUCAAUCCGACCAACUGGAUGACGAGGAGCGGGGCUUUGAAGCGACUUUUGUGAAUCCGCUACUCAAGGCUCAGGCUGCCUCCGGUGUGCGCAGAACCCUGGCCUCUCUUCGCACCACGGAGACUGGCACUUCAAUGUUGGGAGGUGAAGGAUCGGGUGUUCCUUCGGUGCGCUCCAGAGCUGCUAUUGAUUCGAAUCAACAAGGACUAAAGGGCAUUGAUAGGAAGCGCGUAGAGACUCUGCGCCAACAACGAAAGCACACCACUGGUCUGCAAAUAUUCCAAGAUGAUGACAUAGUUGGUGAUCUCCCGAAUUUGCCAGCUAUCCAGUCAGGUGCGAGUGACUUUGGGGAAUCGCUCUCCCGACUGGCCAAGCCUAUAUCUGAGUGGAAUGUGGAGAACUUGAAGAAGCCCGUAGCCAAGCUUAACCAACAAGCCGCGUUGUCAGCUGCAUCCACCUCGCUGCCUCCAGCCCACCCUGUUCGUACUGGCGAAACUCUUACUGUGUACAAGGACUCACAGCACGACGCGAGGGAGCCAGCACCAGACCCUCCCACGCCAAGGCCAUCGUCCAUAGGCCCGCGCCCACGAGGUCUCAAAGUGAAGAAACCGCCAACAUCGCCUACCGAGCCACCACAACAAUCCUCUUUAUUAUUCAGCUUCGAGGCGCUCAAGGCGGCCCUUUUGCAGCAGCCUUCAGUUGCGGAAUGUUUGCGGUCAGAAAGCGAUGCGGAUGUGGAAUUCUUUUGUGACGUUGACGCGCUAUAUUCACACAACGAGGAAACAUGCUUCGAGAUGAAUCGAGGGCUCAGUGCUGACCUUGCCUCCUGUGGGCAAACGCUGGACCCCGGCGAAUGUUUCUUCUCGCUAGCUCUUGAUGACAAGCUAAGCAAGACGCUGCUUAGUGAAAUCGCAGACAUCACAUCAGAAGACACCGAAGAAGUCGUAACCGAUGCUCUUCGCCCACAGAACGAAGGCAUCGGUUACGCGGCUAGGCACUCACGCACAACGGCACCUCCGGCGUGA